GAGUGUGUCGAAUGAGGAAAUGGCGGAGAGCGAGAUGGGAAGCAGGCCGCAGCGCGUCGAACAGCCCUACGAAUGCCUGGAGUGCGGAAAGAGCUUCAAGUGGUCUUCUCGGCUGACCCACCACCAGAGGAGCCACACGGGAGAGCGCCCCUACAAGUGCUCGGAGUGCGGCAAGGCCUUCAAGGGUUCGUCGGCCCUCCUCUACCACCAGCGGGGCCACACGGGGGAGCGCCCCUACAAGUGCUCGGAGUGCGGCAAGGCCUUCAAGCGCUCCUCCCUGCUGGCCGUCCACCAGAGCGUCCACACGGGCUUCCGGGCGUUCAAGUGCGGCCUGUGCCCGCUGAGCUUCAAAUGGUCGUCCCACUACCAGUACCACAUGCGGCAGCACUCCGGCGAGCGGCCCUACGCCUGCGGUGAAUGCGGCAAGACCUUCAAGAACUCCUCCAGCCUGUCCCGGCACCGGCACGUCCACACGGGCGAGAGGCCCUACCCGUGCCCGCUGUGCGGCAAGGCCUUUGCCCAGUCGGCCAACCUGAGGCAGCACCAGCGCACCCACACCGGGGAGAGGCCCUUCCGCUGCGAGGAGUGUGGCCGGGCCUUCACCCACUCCUCCAACCUGCUCCUCCACCGCCGGACCCACUCCCCCCUCCCCUCCGCCCCCGCCCAGCCCCUCGGCUGUCUCUCCUGCCGGCUGGACUUCCUCGACGCCCCCUCCCUCCGGCUCCACCUCCGCUCCGGCACGUGCCAGGGUCAAGCGCCGACCCCGGCUCUCCCCCCGCCCCUUCCGCAGCUGCCUACGCCACCUCCCCUGGCCCUGCCGCUGCCGCUCCCGCUCCCGCUCCCGCUCCCUCUCCACGAGACGGAGGGGGCGCUCUCCCUCUCGCUCUCCCCAGCCGAGGAAGUGGUGCUGCAAGCCACUGAGACGGAGGUGGAGACGGUGCACCGCUGCGACCUGUGCCAGCGGGCCUUCAAGGCCCGUGCGGCCCUGUCCAGGCACCAGCGCUCCCACCGGGCCCAUCCCCGGCCCGACAGCGCCCCCGGGGAGGGGCCCAACUCCCCGUGCCGCCCGCUGGAGGCCGAGGGAGAGAGGGCGGAGGUGGGAGGGGCCGGGGGAGGCCAGGGGGCGGCAGAGGCGAGUGACAGGCCCUACAAGUGCUCGGAGUGCGACAAGGCCUUCAAGGGGUCGUCGGGGCUGCGCUACCACCAGCGGGGCCACACGGGGGAGCGCCCCUACAAGUGCUCGGAGUGCGGCAAGGCUUUCAAGCGCUCCUCCCUGCUGGCCGUCCAUCAGA